AUGGCAACAACAAUCCACCGCCCCCCCACCGCCCUCGAACACGAAGCCCACGUCGCCGUAACCUCCCUCCUCUCCUCCUGGAGCGAGAACCACCUCAACCCCCGCCCAUCUACCACGUCAUCUAAAACAACCCUUCCACCAUUGACAUGGACAUGCGACCUCCAACACCGCGGAACAAGCGAACAGCGCAAAAGAGUGAAGUUUCUGGCCGUGUGGAGCCAGCCGGAGCCGGAUAGACCGGUGCCGAGGGCGACUGCGGGGGUGUGGGUUACCUAUCAUGGGGGUGGGGAUAAGCGCCCGGCAACAGCCCCCGAACCCCACCUAACCUACCGCUACACACACCAGCACCUCCUGCACACCCACACACCCUCCAAUCCCCCGCCACCGCUCGCAAACCCGCUGACCCGUCUCCCCGAACUCACCACGUCCAAAACCAUCCUCUCGGACCUCCUCGUCCGCGACAAGAUGCUGCAGUACGCCACGAUCGACGACAUCCUCUCGCCUAGAGAGGCAGGACUGAAGGGGGCCGAUUCACGCUCGGUUGUCGCGCUCGACUCGUCUGAGCGGAGACCACGCACGGGCGGGUCCACCGAGCUCCUCGCCCUGACCGCCGACGCCGACCCCUCCCUCGACCACCCGCACACCCAAUGGACCCGCAAAGCCCUCCUCGACCGCACCCGCCGCACCGCCCACACCCUGCACGCCCGCCACGCCGUCCGGGACGCGGAUACGCUCAUCCGCCCCGUGCUCCCGCGGCGCGCCCCGCCUGUCGUGGACGCGGGGGUGGUGAUGACGCGGGGGUAUCUUGCGGAGGGUGGGGUUGCGGAGCAUCCAAGGUUGGACCCGGAGUGGAGGGUCGAGACGCGGAGUGUUGGGAGGGAGGUUUUGAGGGGGGAGAGGGAGGAGCGGGAAAGGAGGAGACGGGAGGCUGGGGAGAAGAAAAGGGGGGGCGGGGCGACGCGCAUUGUGGGGGCUGGGGAAGCGUGGGUGGGGAGUGAGGCCGGCGAGGUUGUUGAUGAAGAUGCAGCCACGGAGUCGGUAUCGGAGGCUGUUGAGGUUUCAGACGCCGAUGCGUCCAUCGCUGAGGAUGAGCCUGCGAUGUCGCCAGAGCAGGAGGUCGAAGCCGCGACAGCUGUAUCCGGAUCCGAAACGGACGCUGCGGACGCCGCCGAAACGAACGUAAGCCCUGCAGCGACGACCAACGCCGACGAGGGUGAGGACGCCGGCGCGCCCGAGCAGGAGGGUGGGGACGAACCGAAACAGGGAGAGGGACAGGAGGAUGUAGAGGACGGGGAAGAUGCUGGAGUUGCUGAGCGGGAGGAGGAGGAAGUGGGUGGAGAUGCGGGGCAGGAUGGUGGUGAAGAGGGUGUUUUUGUAGAGGAGGAAGAUAAAGUGGACGAAGAUGUGGAGGAUGCGCAGGUAGAGGAUGCUGUGAACGAGGAAGCGGUUGAGGAGGAGGUGCAAGAUGUUGGGUCGGGAUGAAAGGUGAUGGGAUGCGAGCCGGGUCUUAGUAGGUAAAGGAGUGUACUAGAGCUGGAUGGUCUCAAAAUAUAUUACCUCGUUUGCAAUGCAAAUUCUUACGCCCAGAUGCUCAACAUGUAUGAAAUGAUUCUACUGUAUUCUUUAACUAUCGCCGU